GUAACUUCCGGUAUUGACUCUGUUCCGGAAAAAGUGAGAGCAUGCUUACCCCCGUAGAAAAUUAAAUUUGUGUGUUUUUUGCUAAUUAAGAGCGCUUUACAAAAUUUUUAUUACUGCUAUAGGAAAUUUAUUAUAUUUCGAACAGGAAAAAUGAGAAGAAAAGCAGCUUUUAUAAGUUCUUAAUAGCUGUAAGCGAUUAUGUUUGUAAAUAGCAACCAAAGAUAGCACACUUGCCUUGCUUGGCUGAGUCAAAGUGUGUGGUUUUUCAAAACUCGUUUAGACGUGCUCCCUGGCCAGAAGUGCUGGUACCGGCACUGUUUUAAUUCUUAUUUACUGGGCUGCAUUAAAGAUAAUACUGGAACACAGUGUCUGAAGCUAGCGUGAGCUCUGACACCCAUGGCUUACACUAGACCUGUACGAGUAUUCACUGACAUCAAAACUCCCCAAAAACCAAAACGAGAGUUUGUCGUGGCAUCUGAAAAUAUGUUAAACAGUGCCCAAAAUAUUAAGGAAAAUGUGACGCUCACAGCCUUGGACAGACAGAUCACUGUGACAGGGGUGGGCGAGUUGGAGCUGAGGCCAGAUCGAUUCUCAGCGACCAUCAAGUGUAAAGCUUCAAAGGACAACAUUCAAGAAGCUAAAACUAGUGUUACAAGACGGCUCGAUUACAUCAUACAAACUCUCAAAAACGUGUCUUUGAAGGAGGAGGACUAUAAAGUGUAUCAACAUGUGAACUAUCAAGACUCUGUGGCUGUUUACGAGUGUGAGGUAGAAGCUCACUUCACUGACAUUGGAAAGUGCCUGGGCGUCUCAAACUUGUUGGUGGAGAAACUGGGACCGGGGGUCAGCGUGACCUUGCCUCUGUGCUACCAUGCCAGUGGGAGUCUGGACAAACUUAGGAAACAGGCUGGAAUGCUUGCCAUCCACAACGCCCGCCAGAAGGCUAUGGAGAUGACAAAAGUUAUCCACAUGUCUGUAGGCCCAGCAGUGCAGGUUGAGGAGCAUGGGUUCUCAGAGACUCAAGGUUUGCCAUCUUCAGAUUUAGAUGACCUUGACCUCACCCCAGGCAUUCAGCAGCGAGUUGGAGAGAAGACUGUGAAAAUCAGUAGUAAAGUGUCCGUCUGUUUUCAACUGCGGCCCUCAAAAAAGAAGCUUGGUUACCCUUCGUGAACAGAAAGUACUUAAUUUAGGUAGUUCUUUGUAUAAACUUCAGCAAAAACAUAUUAUUCUGCAAAAAGGUACAGUUUUUUCUUGUGAACUUAUUGACAUCUAGCUCAUUUCAUGUCUAAAACUCCCCUGAUGAGCUGAACAGGUUUUACUAGUUUUACUGUAGAAGGGGCAUAUUUGAGCUAUCCCCAUCGUUUUAUGCCCC